UGAGAUCAAACCCCUCACAUAUAAGAAGCCUGUGGCUGAUGGGGAGUAAAGCAACAGAUUCAGGAGUGAAGCAUCUUUCUUCUCUUCUGGAGGAUCCCAACUGUAAGCUAGAGAGACUAGAACUCGCUGGCUGCAAACUCACAGAGAAGUCCUGCGAACAUGUGGCCUCAGUUCUGCAGUCACCAAACUCCCUGAUAGAGCUGGACCUGAAGGAUAAUGAGCUGACAGAUUCUGGAGUUCAGCUUCUGUCUAAAGGACUAUCUAGUCCCCACUGCAAACUGCAGACAUUAAGGCUCUGCAAGUGUGGUUUCUCAAGUGAAGGAUAUGUUUGUCUUGCUCUGGCCCUGAUGUUAAACCCCUCCUGUGUGAAAGAGCUGGAUGUGAGCAACAAUCAUCCUGGAGAAUCAACACAGAAGCUGUUAUCUGCUACACUGAAGGAUCCUCACCGCAAAGUUGAAGCCCUUCAACUUGCUGGUUGUAAACUCACAGAUAAGUCCUGUGAGCUUGUGGCCUCAGUUCUACAGUCACCAAACUCCCUGUUAGAGCUGGACCUAAAGAACAACAACUUGGGAGAUUCUGGAGUUCAGCUUCUUUCUAAAGGACUGUCUAGUCCCCAGUGCAGACUGCAGGCAUUAAGCCUGCAGAACUGCAGCAUUGGAGAGGAAGGAUUCACAGCUCUUGCAUCAGCACUGAGAUCAAACCCCUCACACAUGAGAAAGCUGUGGCUGAUGGGGAGUAAAGCAACAGACUCAGGAGUGAAGCAUCUUUCUUCUCUUCUGGAGGAUCCCAACUGUAAACUGGAGUUCCUAGACCUGCAGAACUGCAACAUUGGAGAGGAAGGAUUCACAGCUCUUGCAUCAGCACUGAGAUCAAACCCCUCACACAUGAGAGAGCUGUGGCUGAAGGGGAGUAAAGCAACAGACUCAGGAGUGAAGCAUCUUUCUUCUUUUCUGGAGGAUCCCAACUGUAAACUGGAGAUAUUAGGCCUGAACAACUGCAGCAUUGGAGAGGAAGGCUUCACAGCUCUUGCAUCAGCACUGAGAUCAAACCCCUCACACAUGAGAAAGCUGUUACUGAGAGAGAGUAAAGCAACAGACUCAGGAGUGAAGCAUCUUUCUUCUCUUCUGGAGGAUCCCAACUGUAAACUGGAGAAUCUAGACCUGAACAACUGCAGCAUUGGAGAGGAAGGCUUCACAACUCUUGCAUCAGCACUGAGAUCAAACCCCUCACACAUGAGAGAGCUGCGGCUGGAGGGGAAUAAAGCAACAGACUCAGGAGUGAAGCAUCUUUCUUCUCUUCUGGAGGAUCCCAACUGUAAACUGAAGAUACUAAACCUGAACAGCUGCAGCAUUGGAGUGGAAGGUUUCACAGCUCUUGCAUCAGCACUGAGAUCAAACCCCUCACACAUGAGAGAGCUGUUUCUGAGAGGGAGUAAAGCAACAGACUCAGGAGUGAAGCAUCUGUCUUCUCUUCUGGAGGAUCCCAACUGUAAACUGGAAAAGCUAGACCUGACAAACUGCAGCAUUGGAGAGGAAGGUUUCACAGCUCUUGCAUCAGCACUGAGAUCAAACCCCUCACACAUGAGAGAGCUGUGGCUGGGAGGGAGUAAAGCAACAGACUCAGGAGUGAAGCAUCUUUCUUCUCUUCUGGAGGAUCCCAACUGUAAACUGGAGGAGCUAGACCUGCAGAACUGCAGCAUUGGAGAGGAAGGCUUCACAGCUCUUGUAUCAGCACUGAAAUCAAACCCCUCACACGUGAGAAAGUUGUGGCUGAUGGGGAGUAAAGCAACAGACUCAGGAGUGAAGCAUCUUUCUUCUCUUCUGGAGGAUCCCAACUGUAAACUGGAGACACUAGACCUGGUGAACUCCAGCAUUGUAGAGGAAGGCUUCACAGCUCUUGCAUCAGCACUGAGAUCAAACCCCUCACACAUGAGAGAGCUGUAUCUGGAGGGGAGUAAAUCAACAGACUCAGGAGUGAAGCAUCUUUCUUCUCUUCUGGAAGAUCCCAACUGUAAACUAGAGAAACUAGACCUGGAGAGCUGCAGUAUAACAGAUGAAGGGUUCAGAAUGUUAGCAUCAGCACUGAGAUCAACCCCAUCAGCCCUCAGAGAUCUCUGGCUGGGGAGGAAUCAGCCUGGACCCUCAGCACAGCAGCUGCUCUCUGAACUGAAGAAACAUCCAAACUGUAAACAUAUACAAAUACAUGGAGUUGAUGAAGUGUUUAAUCCAGAGCUGCCGAGUGUUUCACGUGGGUCUGAAGUCAUCAGGGAAGAUUCCUCAGAAAACACUGUUCUGGACCAAGAGGAUUUGGAUUCUGUGGACAAUCCUGACCGGAGGACAGAUGUGAGAGGACUGUCUGGAGAUAUGGCUGAGUUGGACAUUUCGGCUGGUGAAACUCAGUGUAUGUAUGACAGACGACCAAACUGCUGCAAAUCCUGUGAAGAUGUUGAAGACACUUCCCACUGGAUCCUGAUGGAACCCUCUGUUUCCAUGGAGACAGGAGUGCCAGUGUAUAAACACAGCUCUCCACCAGGAAGUUUUGAGUGCACAGUGUCUGGUUUGCGAUGGGUGUGUGCGGUUGAAGUCUCUCUACGGUAUCACUUAAGUGACCCCCAUGUAUACAGAGCAGAGCUUGCCAUGUUGCAGUAUGAACCAAUUGGUCCCUUGAUGGACAUCAAAGUGCUCUCAGGUGAACUGUUGGAGGCUCAUCUGCCCCAUUUUGCCUGUCUGGAAGGUUCAGAUUCCUCUCUUAGAGAGGCUGUGAGAGUUCUGCAUGGGGUCAACAGCAGUGUAACUCUAGAGAAAUGUGAACUGACCCGCUUCCAUGCAAAGCUCCUCAAGCCCUCCUUCUCACUGACAGAAGUCUUGAUGAAAUUCGGAAUCAAAAUAAAAGCCCACCUAGAGGUGCUAACUUACCGGACCAGGGUGACACCCCUGGUUCUCUUCACAUACGUUGUGCCGCGGGAUGCUUCCAUGAUUCAGGCAGUAGAAGAGGAUGUACGAGACGCACCAAAUGCUAAGAAGAUCAAAACACACCGACCAAACAUCCCUAUUCAGAUGAACACUGAGUUAAGCCUUAAUGCAUACCCCACUGAUGCGGAGAUAUCCCCAUCGGAGAUCACCCUUAAAUACAUGAGACCUCCAGAGUUUUUCAAGGUGGUUAUUGGAGACUUAGGAAACUUACAAAGUUUUUAUUUGGAGAUAAGGAGAGAGGGGGAAUCCGUAUGGAAUGCGAAAUUGAAUAGCUUUGAAUAUGGUGAGACUGGAGAAAUGGCACACAGUCGUGAAAUUCCCUCAGCAGCAUCCAGCCAUUCCCGAGAAGUGAUCCACAGAGAGACGUCUUCCACAAGCAGAGUUGCCGGGGGUGAUGAGGAAUAUGCUGAAGGGCCACGCAGUCAUGGAAUUCCCUCAGGAGCAUCCAGACGUGAUACUUUAAUGGCCGCCAUGUCAAACUAUGAUCGACUGUCCAUGAUUCGGUCUGAUCUUAUCAACAACACAUCGGGACCUCUACUCCGAGGUCUGUUGGAUAAACUUCAAGCUCCUCAGUAUGAUGUGAUAAGCAAGAGGGAGGCAGAAUACGUCCUGGAGAGGACCAAUGUGCUGCAGGACCAGGUGACCUCCCUCAUCGACAUGGUGCUGAAAAAGAGGGACAAAGCAUGUGGCGUCAUGCUCUCCUUGCUCAAAGAAUUAGACAGCUAUCUUUCUGAAGACCUUGGCCUGUAGGAAGAAGUCAAUAUUGUCAAUGGGGCAUUUGUGUGGUGCACUGGUUGGUGUGGACUAUAACAUUAAAAUAAAAAGUUGAAUGUCAUCUUCAUUAUACUCCAUUCUGUUAUAUUGUUCUUUAAUUCACUCUGAAUUCAUUCUGUAAUACCAACGGUUUCUGAAAUGUUACUUAACAGGUGUGCCCUGGCAUUUUUAUAUUUUUAAAUAUUGUAAACAAUGUGAUAGAGCUUUUCUGAAAGUGUUUGUGAUAUUUGAGGUGAGAACCACAUGUUUCCUUUGACUGUCCUUCAGUUUGUUGUAUAUGUGCCCCCUACAGGUGAGAGAGGAGUAGAAAUAGAAAUGUGAGGUUUGAGAAAUACUGAUUUGUGGUUUAAACUCUGAUUGAUCAUCAAUGCCUGAAAAACAAAUGUAAAAUAAUUGUAUUUUUUAUAUUGUAUUUUUUAUAUUGUAUUCUAUAUUAAAACAUCUUGAGUAAAUAUUGGCAA